AUGGCUCGUAACACCAGAUCAAGGCGGGUUACAAGGUCCAGCAACCGCAAAUCCUCAGAACAGGAGCCGGAGGCCGACGCAGAGCAAAAGCCAGAGCCCGCUCCUGCGCCAGAGCCCACUCCUGUGUCAGAGCCCACCCCUGCGCCAGAGCAGGAACCACUCUCAGCCCGUUCGUCCCUCACUCCGGUAAAGGACGAGGAGCCCGAACCUGCACUGGAAAAUGUCAGUACUAGUGCCAAAGUCGCUGAGGACGCAUGUCCUGCAUGUCAGACAGGCAGGGAUCCAAACCCACCAGACUCGGAAAAGGAGAGCUGGGUUCGCUGUGAUGCAUGCAAGACUUGGUAUCACUGGCGCUGUGCAGGCAACGGCGGCGAUCUUGAGACUAUAGACAAGUGGUACUGUCCGCCGUGUACUGAACAGAAUCCUGCCCGUGUCGUCACGUUCAAGCCUCCUGCGCGCAAGUCAUCCCGUAAGAAGACUCAGCUAGACUAUGCGAACCUCAAUUCGGGCGUCGAGUCGGAUCCGAAUCGCUGGAUGCGCGUCGUAAAGACUAAACACAUAUCCGAGGACGGGUUCAGGCGGAUGCAAGGAGACCAAGUCGGUGUCGAGUGGGUCGAAAAUGACGAGGAAGCUAUGCGCGAGCCGAUCGUGGUCGAAGCGCCGGAAGGCCUAGGUAUGAAGAUGCCCGGCCCCGACUUUACUGUCAAUGACGUCGCUGAGAUUGUCGGACGCGACAUGCCCGUGGAGGUGAUAGAUGUUGCUUCUCAGUCGAAUUCACCGGGCUGGACACUUGGGAAGUGGGCCGAAUACUAUCACAAGGAUCCUCGCUCGCGUGACAAGAUCCGCAACGUGAUUUCUCUCGAGAUUUCUGACACGCCUCUGGCUGACCGAGUGCUGCCGCCGCGCCUAGUGAGGGAGCUCGACUGGGUCGAGCGGUACUGGCCUAGUACGCGGAGAGGCAAGGGUCAUGCGUAUCCAAAGGUGCAGCUGUAUUGUCUGAUGAGUGUAGCAAAUGCCUGGACUGAUUGGCAUGUGGAUUUUGCAGGCUCGUCUGUGUAUUAUCACAUUCUCCGGGGCUCGAAGGUGUUUUACUUUAUCCGCCCAACACCAGCAAAUCUUGCCGCAUACGAGAAAUGGUCUGGAACGGAAAUGCAGACGACGACAUGGCUAGGAGACAUGGUCGACGAAGUCAUCAAGGUGACACUGCAGGAAGGGAACACGAUGUUUAUCCCUACGGGAUGGAUACAUGCUGUUCAUACACCAACAGAUUCUUUGGUAUUUGGAGGCAACUUUUUGCAUUCCUAUAAUGUGGCAACUCAAAUUAGAGUUCAAGAGAUAGAAAGGUCUACGCAUGUCCCAAAGAAAUUCCGUUUUCCACUGUUUACCAAACUAUGUUGGUAUGUUGCGGACAAAUGGCUCCGCGACUUGAAGGGCAAAGAGGAGUUUUCCCCGCGAGUGCUCGAGUCUAUGGACGCACUGUGCAAGUACCUCAUAUGUGAAGUGCGGACGAUGGAGAAAGGGUCCGAUCAUGGCAAGCGGGAUAGCAGGGAACAUGUUCCUGCCGAGCGGGUCAAGGACCCUGCAGCUCUAGCUCGAGAACUGCGGUGGCGAGUCCGGCUUGCUGCUGGAUGUUCGAGUGACGAUGAAGAUGCGGGGCAUGGGUGGCAGAAGAAGCGCACCAAUGGUGCUGAACCUGUUGCUAACGGGAUGAAACGGAAACGGUCGAGUUCUGAAGAAGAGGUCGAGAGCCAACCACCCGUAUUCCUCAACUUCCAGCCCAAAUCAUGGGACAUGGUCCGUACGCUACCACGGGAGGAGGAUAGCCGAGAUGUGGAUACUCGGCCGCCUGAGGAUGGGACUGAGUCGCUUGAAGCUUGGGUGAAGAUGGUGGAUGAACCGUUUAUGACAGGAGAAGACGGAAAAGGUGGUGGGCGAGUUAAGCGGGAGCGUCAUUUGACGGUGAAGGUACGAAAGAUUGAGGGAGGGUUGGAAAGGCAACGGAUAGAAAGGACGGUGGAAAAGUGGCAGUGGCCAUCGCGGACAAACCACUCGGACGCCCAGGGCAACGAUGAGGAUGGGCCUGCCAAUGUCGAUGGGGGUGACAAGGAAGGGCCCAAGGUCGAGGAAGGAGCAGACGAGAUGGUGGUGGAUGGUUAGAGUGCCAAUGUUGGGUUGCUUAUUACUGCUUUGCUAAACUAAGAUAAGAUACUAGAUUUCUUGAUAAUCUCGAUACUGUGAAUGAAGGAAUGC